AUGUCCGACUACGGAGAUGACGGCGAUGUCGCCCACGGCGGCCCAGAAGAGCCUAUGCUCGAGGACGAAGAAGAGGACCGGUUCGACGAAGAUGAACUCGACCCUGAGGUGCCCGAUGACAAUGACGAUGACUACAACCGACGCGGCGCAGAGGAGGAGGAGAACGUGGUCAUCUCAGGCGACCCAUCUGCCAACGCGAACCUGCGAAAGGGCGUUGCCGAUCGCACGUCGAUCAAAGACAAAAAGAUCCCGACCGACGAAAGAACUACUACACCUUAUAUGACCAAGUACGAGAGGGCGCGCAUCUUGGGCACUCGGGCACUGCAAAUCAGUAUGAAUGCUCCUGUCCUGGUUGACUUGGAGGGGGAAUCCGAUCCGCUCCAGAUCGCUAUCAAAGAGUUGAAGGAGAAGAAGAUCCCUCUUAUUGUUCGCCGCUACAUGCCCGAUGGAUAG